CUGGAACCACUGUGCAUGUGUACAUUGACCUGACGUGAAUUAUAUUAUUUUUAUAUAUUUUUUUUUGUUGGAUUUUCAAGAGUAAUUAAGUUAGAGGUAAAAGCGGUAUUGGAUUACGAGAUGUUUAUCCUAACGAAAAGCGGAUUCCGAAAAUUUAUGGUAAGCCGUGGAGGGGUGGCACUAUCACAGCAAUUAGCUAGGAGUACCGCAGCUUUGUACGACAGCACCGAAUAUCAAUAUAUACAGAUUAGCAAAGUGCCAACGUUGCAUUUUCAAGCGUCCUUGCCUCGUUUACCGAUACCGAAGCUCGAAGACUCGUGUAGAAGGUAUUUGAAUGCGCAGAAACCUCUAUUGAACAAUGAGGAGUUGCAGAACACAUCGUCUUGUGUCUCGAAAUUCCUCACUAGCGAGGGACAAAGCUUGCAAAAGCUGUUACUCCAAAAAAAUGCUGAGAAUUCACACACCAGUUACAUCAGCGAACCGUGGUUCGACAUGUAUUUGCAAGAUCGCAAACCAUUGCCGAUCAAUUAUAAUCCUUUCUUAGUCUUCGUGCCAGAAUCCGAUCCAAAGUAUGAUGCGCAAUUGGUGAAGGCGACAAAUCUUGUCGUAUCAUCGAUGAGAUUCUUAAAAUCGCUCAAGAAUAAUGUUCUAGAACCAGAGGUGUUUCAUAUGAAACCUGAGAAGUCAGAUACCGAGUUAUUUCGCAACGUCACAAGACUGAUCCCAUCUCGCUUUAGCUGGUAUGGCGCUUAUCUAUUUAAGGCUUUUCCUUUAGAUAUGUCUCAAUACAAGAAUCUGUUCAAUACGACUAGAAUACCGGAGUUAGGAAAAGAUAGAAUCUUUCAUGAUUCCUCAGCCAAACACCUGGUCGUACUGAGGAAAGGUCAUUUUUAUGCGUUCAACGUUUUGGAUGCAAAUGACUCCAUUCGUAGCCCUAAAGAGAUAGCUGCGUGCUUAAAAGCCAUUUUGGAAGACGAUAGGCCAGCAAAUAGAUAUCCCGUGGGCAUUCUUACGUCGUCAGAAAGGGACCAGUGGGCACGAGCACGCUCACAUUUAGUCGAAACAGGGAAUCGGGAAAUUCUUCAGAAAAUCGAUUCGGCUGUAUUCGUAAUGAUCUUAGAUGAUGAAAUUAUCGGUACCGACUACAACAAGUUAAUUAGAACGUAUUUACAUACAGACGGCACCAAUCGGUGGUUUGACAAGUCGUUUUCUCUCAUUGUUUCUAAGGAUGGUUAUGGUGGACUCAAUUUUGAGCACUCAUGGGGCGAUGGUGUUGCAGUACUCAGAUAUUUCCAAGAUGUGAAAGCCGAUAUAUCGAAGAAACCUAGAUUUCAUCCUAAUGAAGUAGAUGAACUUUCUAAAGAAAGCGUAAACGUAGAGAGACUACAAUUCUCUAUAGACGCGAAGAGCGAGAGUAUCAUCGAUCAACAAAAGAUAGAUUAUCGAGAGUGGGUAAAUCGGCUGUGCGUUGAUUUUAUGAUUUACGAAGAGUUUGGUAAGGAACAGUGUAAGAAGCUCGGGGUAAGUCCGGAUGCCGUGAUGCAGCUGGCAUUCCAAUUGGCAUUGUAUACCCUAGAAGGCAAAUCGGUACCAACUUAUGAAUCUUGCAGCACAGCUGCAUAUAAACACGGCAGAACAGAAACUAUCAGACCUUGUACGCUAGAGACUAAAGCUAUCUGCGUCGCUAUGACUCAGAAGCAAGUCGAGCUUUCUAAAUCACAGCUAAAAAAGAUGAUACUUGAUUGUAGCAAAGCUCACAACGUGCUUACGAAAGAGGCCGUGAUGGGCCAGGGAUUCGAUAGGCAUCUAUUCGUUUUGAGAAGAAUUUCAGAGGAAUCGGGUUCCGUUAAGCCAGCCAUUUUUCAAGACCCAGCUUACAAUGCUCUAAAUUAUAAUAUACUGUCUACAUCUACUUUAUCAAGUCCAGAUGUAAUGGUUGGCGGAUUUGGACCAGUGGUACCCGAUGGCUAUGGAAUCGGAUAUAUGAUCCAGGACAAACGUUUGGGUUCAGUCGUGACGAGCUACGAAGGCAGUCGUAACGCCAGUCAAUAUGUACAAGCGCUAGCACAUGCGUUCAAGAGCAUUCACGAUGUGUUACAUACAUAAUACAAGAAUUAUGGUUAUGUAACUUGCCAGAUAUAUUUAGUUACAUCUUUAUUUGAAUGUAAUUUUUCCGAGAUCAUUGACAGUUAUUAUUAUAUAAUAUUGUACAUUUACAAGAAUGUUUAUAAUGUUAUUCAUAUCAGAGGUAGGCACAAGUCUCCUUUUUUGGAGUCUUAAACGGGGAAAGCAAUAACGAUGAUGACUAUUACCUCUGAUAAUCAGAAACUUUUAUACAAUUGUUAAAUAAAUAUUUUUAAUACUUUUUAAGAGA